AUGUUUUGCUCAGCUCAGAGAGGGUCCUGCUCCUCCCGAGUCUCCUCCUCUUCCUCUGGAGCCAUGGGCAGCAGGGUGUGCUCUGCUGGAAGCACCUUCAGCAGUGGAAGCGGCUGUGGGCUCGGGGGAGGGUCUUCCUGGGGCUUCCAGGGAAGUAGCAGCAGCUGUGGCCCUAGUGGGUGGUCUAAGGGUGGCUUUGGAAGUGGCAUUGGAGGGGGCUUUGGUGGCUGCUCAGUAAAGGGUGGAUUUGGAGCAACCUCUGGCUUUGGUGGGGGCUCUGGCUUUGGUGGAGGUUCUGGCUUUGGUGGAGGCUCUGGCUUUGGUGGGGGUUCUGGAUUUGGUGGGAGCUCUAGUGGAGGCUUCUCUAGCUAUGGAGGUGGUAUGGGAGGUGGCCUUGGUGGUGUCAGUGGCAGUGAGGGGGGCCUUCUCUCUGGCUCUGAAAAGCAAACCAUGCAGAACCUCAAUGACCGUCUGGCCACCUACCUAGACAAGGUGCGAGCCCUGGAGGAAGCCAACACGGACCUGGAGACUAAAAUCAAGGAAUGGUAUGGCAAGCAUGGGUCUGGAAAAGGUGAAUCUGGAAGAGACUACAGCAAAUACUGGCCGAUCAUAGAAGAUCUGAAGAACCAGGUCAUUUCAGCCACCAUUGAAAAUGCCAGGAUGGCUCUGCAGUUCGACAAUGCUAGACUGGCUGCUGAUGACUUCAGGGUGAAGUAA